AUGCACCUCACCAAGGCUUUCAUUCUCCUCGUCUCGGCUUUGGCCCCCGUUGCGUUCGCUGCUGAGGCUGCGGCUGUGACCAAAACUGUCACUCUGGUGCCCUCUGGCUAUACUCCUUCGAGUUCCACUCCGACCCCGACCCCAACUCCCUCCUCUUCAUCUUCGUCGACUGUGACCCCUAUGCGCACUAGCACUCCUUGCUUGAGCUCGACCUUCAGCGUCACCCCCGGCUCUUUCACUCCGCUAGUCAAGGCUUCCAGGACUCCCCUCGUGGUUGACUCCGUCACUCAGACCGCUGCCGCUGCCACUGGUACUGCGCCAGCUUCAUCUACUCUAGCAACUGGCGCAGCCUCUUCGCUCCAGCUUCCUGGUGCCGUCGCGGCUGGUGCCAUGGCUCUCGCUGGUUUCAUCCUGGCUUAA